AUGGAGCAAACUGCGGCUCUUAGUCAGUGUGCUUCCUCAUACCUUGUUCUUGUCACCUCACAUCGGGUGGAGCUGGUCAGUGGAAUUAAAAACACUGAUUGCAUCCUGGAUAACUUGCUACGUUCUGGAUAUUUCACAUGUGAAGAUACAGAGUUCAUACAGCAGAGUGUUACUCGGCAUGAAAAGGUGCGUAAAAUACUGGACAUCAUAAUGUCUAAAGGAGAAGAAUGCGCACAGUACUUUGUAUUUAUUCUGCAUUCUGCCAAAGAAAUUUACUCAGAUGUUCAGCCUUGGUUGAAAGAAGUUCAUUGCAGCCCACCAGCUCAUUUACUGAGAGAGCCGGUGCUUAUUACAGAUUCAGUCUCUCAGUAUAUUGAGAAGCUUCGAGGUGCAUUGCAACAAGAUACCAGGUUCAUUUCAUCUUAUACCCAAAAGGAGGAUAUUCUGUUUGAUGACAUUUACACUGAGACUCUUACGGAGCUCAUCAGUUCAGUCAAUGAAACCAUAGGAAUCAUUUCGCACCUGGAGGAUUUGUUCGGUGACACUGGAAUCAUUAACGAAGAUGCAGAAACUGUGUUUGUAACAGGCGAUGCUGGAGUCGGAAAGACCAUACUCCUCCAGCGACUUCAGAACUUGUGGUCAAAGAGUGAGCUCUGUGCUGACGUUAAGUUCUUCUUCAAGUUUAGAUGCAGACUGUUCAACAGCUUUAAGGAGGAAGACAAGAUCUGUCUGCGAGAUCUUCUGUUCAAGUACAAUUGUUACCCUGAUAAGGAUGACGAUGAGAUAUUCAAUUACAUCCAACAACAUCCAGCCACUGUUCUCUUCACACUGGAUGGAUUCGAUGAAAUUAAUGUAGAUGGCGACCUUAAUGAUAUCCCUGAUGUCUCGUCACCCUUUGAGCCCACACACCCAGUAGCCCUGUUGUUGAACCUUCUCCGAGGAAAGUUAUUAAAAGGUUCCAAAAAAUUGUUGACAGCGAGGACAGGCACAAACCUACCUCUGAGGAUGGUAAGGAGGAGAGUGACCCUGAAGGGUUUUUCCAAGGAACAUCUGCUGGGUUAUUUGAAGAAGUUUUUCAAAAACAAGACUGAUCAGACUUUGGUUCUAACCCAGCUGGAGGCAAACCCUCACCUGUGCAGUCUGUGUUCAGUGCCAUUGUUUUGUUGGAUUAUAUUUAAAUGCUAUGAACACUUUCAGAGCACAAAUAGUUCCCAGCCAUUGUCACAGACAAUUACACUAACUGAUAUCUACUUGGUUAUGGUUGAGGUUUUCCUUAACCAUAAUUCCCAGAACAAUCUACACAGAAGCAAAGACAGAAGCCCACUAAAUGUGUUCAGAAAGAGAAAAGAAGCUCUAAUGCGGAUUGGUAAAUUAGCUUUAAAGGGAAUUGAGAAAAGUGAUUUUGAGCUCAGCCAGGAGAAAAUUGAGAUAGCAAAAAUUUGUGAAGAAGAUUUACAGUUGGGUUUCAUCAAAGCUGUAGGUCAAUAUAAUGGAUGUGGGAACCAAUCAACAUAUGAAUAUAUUCACUUAACCAUCCAGUCAUUUUUUGCUGCAUUUUCAUUGAUUCUAGAUGAUGAUAUCAGUCCACAGGAGCUUCUAGCAUCAUUUAAUUACAGUAAUGCAUCAGCAUCCUCCAUCAGCACAAUUAAUAAACUGUUUUUGGUUCUUCUGAACCCAAAGAAGCAUUCCUCCAAAGAGGUUCUCAAGCCACUCAGUGAAUCCCUGCAGUUUACAUUGCUGUUCCUUUGUGGCUUGUUGUCUAACAACAAUAUUAAUCUGAUGCAGAGCCUUGCAUCUCCUGUUGCUGUUAAGAAGAAGCAGGCACUACUAACAUCUUACCUGUUCAGCAGUAUGAAAAAACAUUUGCGAAGUCUUCCUCAGCCAGACUUCACGAACGGCUGCAGAGUGCACCUACUGCCGCACUUCAUAUGGUUGAUACGACACAUAUUCGAAAUGCAGAAUGAGGCAGCAUCCAAAAUGGCAGCCAAAUACAUCAGUGCUGACUAUAUCAAGCUGACUUAUUGCAAUGUUUCUUCUGUGGACUGCAGAGCGCUUGCAUUCACCCUGAGGCACAUCCAGAAACCCCUGGCACUGGAUAUGGACAACAACAACAUCAACGAUUAUGGGGUGGAGCAGCUCGCCUGCUGCUUCAGUCAGCUCACAGUUCUCAGGUUAAGUGUGAAUCAAAUCACAGAUCAUGGCGUACACAUCUUGGUGGAAGAACUCAAAAAGUAUCAGCAGAUCAGAGUACUUGGACUUUACAAAAAUUACAUAAGUGAUGUUGGUGCAAGGGAUGUUGCAGAUCUGAUUGAAGUGUGUCCCAGUCUUAUUUACUUGAAAAUGGGAAAAAAUAUGAUUACACAUAAAGGAGGAACUUACCUGGCUAAAGCAAUUCAAAAAAGCAGAACUAUAGAAGAUGUGGGGUUCUGGGGAAAUCAGUUAGGAGACAAAGGAGCUGAAGCCUUUGCAGAAGCAUUAACAAAUCAUCACAGUUUGAAACAUCUAAGCCUUGCAGCAAACGGGAUCUCGAAGGGCAGCCAACACUUGGCCAAGGCACUCUGCAACAACAACACAUUAAAGAUAUUCUGGUUGACACAAAAUGAAUUGGAUGAUGAAGCAGCUGAAAGCUUUGGUGAAAUGCUGAGAGUGAAUGUCUCUUUGGAAAAGUUAUGGUUGAAUGAAAAUAAGAUAACAUCCAAAGGGGCUGCACAUCUCCUCCAGUCACUCAGAGGAAAUACAACAAUAGAUGAGAUUUGUCUAAAGGAUAAUCAAAUUCUGCCAGAUGAUGUCCAGCACCUUACGGAAGAAAAACGCAUUGUCAUCUAAACAGUGCUUGGAAACUGUUCUCACCUCUGAAUCAGAAACUCAUUGGUUCAAGCCCAUCACCAGAAACUCAGGCGUAUAUUCGAGAUGGAUGUGUGCUGCUUUGUGGGACAUAAUCUCAUUUAAUUGAUAGAUUAACCAAGACUGCUUCUGCCUUCUUGGAUAUUAUUUCAAGGAUGAGCUGAAAAAUAAUCAACAUUUUACAGUAGCUUUGUGAAGAUUGGCCACUGCAUUUCUUCCAUUAAGCAGGAAUUGCAGUCAGUUCAAUGCUUAUGAAGUGUAAAAUGCUAUUGAUGAUCUGUAUUAGUAAAGAAAUGUUUACUUUCUUCAAUGUGUUCAAGCAUUACCUGAAGUUAGUUAUAUUCUUAUCUUCCUUCGGUGCUGAAUUCCAGAUGAGCACCUGGUUGAGACCAAGACUACACCAACAGUCCCUAGAGUACCAGGGAGAGCUCAUCAAAUUACAUUAGAAUAAACUUCUCAUGUUAGCAAGAUGUUAAUAGAAGAAAUGACUCUUUAUCUAAGAAGGCUUUAGAACAGAUUUGAAUCUGAUAAUGGCCAUGAAGAUUAAAAACAAGCUAGUAGUCUCUUGUGCAUGGAGAAUUUUUUCUGUCUUGGAUGGAUAAUUUCUCUUCUAGUCAUGUUAAAACACAAGUACUUUGGAGCCAUGAUUGAAAGGUAUACUUUACAUAUGUACAAACACAAUGUCAGGCAAAGAGGCUGAAGUUAUAUGGCUGUAGCACCUUGCAUUGUUAUUAAAAUAAUAAUACAGCAGAAAAUAAAGUCAAUUGCUCCAUUAUCAUUUUGCCCCAGUGCACAGCUCUCUCAACAUUUUGUUUUACAGACGCAACUCAGUAACAGGCUUUUCUGGCCCAGUGAGCCUACGCCACCUAAUUACACCCACCUGACCAAUUAACCUUCGAACCCGUGUGUCUUUGGAAUGUGGGAGGGAACUGGAGCACCCAGAGGCUACCGAUGUAGUCAUGGCAAAAACGAGUCCUUCAAAAUUUUACUUUCUACUUCGUCUUUCGAAAGAUUUUUCAAACACCACUUCCUUUAAAACUUCUGCAAGUAUUUCCUUGUUGCUCCUGGUUUUUUUUGCUUUCUUUGUGUCAUUUUUGUCACUAAAAGUAAAUACUACUUGUUUAGUACCUCAGUCACAUUUUCCCUAAACCUUAACAGUUCUAAGGAGGACAAUCUGAGUUCCUUUAGUCUCUUUAUCCAACGAGUUAGUUGCACCCAGAUCAAUUUCAUAUUUACUUAGCUACUCACUUUGAGGCUGUGAAAGUAAUGAUAUUAAUUAUCAAUAUGCUAUAAUUACGCAAUUAGUUUCAUGCCAGUGAUGGAAACUUCUGAAAACAGAGUUACAGGUACUAUUCAGUAAAUACUGUGGAACACUAUUGUAUUCUACCACCCUGCCAGAUGUAAUAGAUCCAUUGAAAACUACAGUACAGAAAUAGGCCAUUCGGCCCAUCUAGUCCAUGCUGAACCAUUUAAACUGCCAGCCUGCUCCAAGACCGUAGCCUUCCAUACCCCUUCCAUCUAUAUAACUAUCCAAACAUUUUUUAAAAAUCGAAUCUCAUCCACCACUUGCACUGGCAACUCAUUGCACACUCUCACCACCCUCUGAGUGAAGAAAUUUCCCCUCAUGUUCUCCUUAAACAUUUCUCCUUUCGCCCUUAACCCAUGACCUCUAGCUGAACACUCAUCCAAUCUCAGUAGAAAAAGCCUGCUUGCAUUUACCCUAUCUAUACCCCUCAUAAUUUUGUGUACUUCUAUCAAAUGUCCCCUCAAUCUUCUGUUCUGGGGAAUAAAGUCCCAGCCUCUCCCUAUAACUUAGAUGCUCAAGUCCAGACAACAUCCUUGUCAAUUUUCUUUGUACUCUUUCAAUCUUAUUUACAUCUUUUCUGUAAGUAGGUGACUAAAACUGCACACGUUAGGCCUCACCAAUGUCUUCCUGGUUUGUCGUCUCAAAGGGCAACACCUCUUACAUUAAAUUCCAUCUGCCAUUUUUCAGCCCAUUUUUCCAGCUGGUCCAGAUCAAGCUUUGAUAGCCUUCCUUACUGUCCACUACAUCCCUAAUAUCAGUGUCAUCUGUAAAUUUGCUCAUUCAGUUAACCACAUUAUCAUCUAGAUCAUUGAUAUAAAUGACAAACAAUGACAGACCAAGCACUGAUCCCUGUGGCACUCCACUAGUCACAAGCCUCCAGUCAGAGAGGCAGUCAUCUUCUACCACUCUCUGCCUUCUCCUGCAAAGCCAAUGUCUAAUCCAAUUUACCUCAUCUUUAACACCAAGUGAUUGAAUCUUCUUGACCAAUGUCCAAUGUGGGACAUCGUCAAAUGCCUUGCUGAAGUCUACAUAGACACCAUCCACCGCCUUGCUUUCAUCAACUUUCUUGGUAAAUUCCUCAGAAAAAAUCUAUAAGAUUAGUUAGACAUGACCUACUAUAUACAAAGCCACGCUGACUAUCCCUAAUCAGUUGCUGUCUAUCCAAAUAAUUAUAUAUCUGGUCCCUUAAAAUUCCCCCCAGUAACUUACCCACCACUGAUGUCAAACUCAUCAGCCUAUAAUUUAUUGGUUUAUUCUUAGAACCUUUUUUAAACAACAGAACUACAUUGGCUAUCCUCCAAUCCUCUGGUACCUCACCCGAGCCUAUAGCUGUUUUAAUAGUCUCUGCUAAGGCCCCUGCAAUUUCUACACUUGUCUCCCACAGGAUCCAAGAGAACUCCUUGUCAGGCCCUAGGAAUUAGUCCACCUUAAUUUGCCUCAAGACAGGAAACACCCCCUCCUCUGUAAUAUAGGAUCCGUGACCUCGCUAUACUUUGCCUCAUUUCUAUAGACUGUGACAGUCUCCCGAGUAAAUACAGAUGCAAAAACUCCAUUUAAAAUCUCCCCCAUCUGUUUUGGCACUACACACAGAUUACCAUUCUUAUCUUCCAGAGGACCAAUUUUGUCCCUUGCAAUCCUUUUGCUCUUAAUAUAUCUGUAGAAUCCCUUAGGAUUCUCCUUCACCUUGUCUGCUAGAGCAAUUUCAUGCUUUCUGUCAGCCAUGCUGAUUUCUUUCUUAUUUUUAUUUACUCCAGUACCUCAUUUGUUCUUACCUGUUUACACCUGCUGUGUACCUCCUUUUCUUUUUUUAACCAGGGCCCAAUAUCUCUUGAAAACCUAACGUUCCCUAAGUCUGUUAUCCUUGCCUUUUAUUUUGACUGGCACAUAAAUGCUUUGUACUUUCAAAAUUUCACUGUUGAAGGCCCUGCACUUAUCAAGUUAAACUUUGCCAGAAAACAGCCUGUCCCAAUCCACAUUUGCCAGAACCUUUCUGAUACCAUCAAAAUUGUCCUUACUUCAAUUUAGAGCCUUAAUCCAAGGACCAGACGUAUCCUUUUCCAUAAUUACCUUGAAACGAAUGGCAUUGCGAUCACUAGAUAGAAAGUGUUCCCUUACACAAACUUCUGUCAACUGCCCUGUCUCAUUCCGAAUAGGAGAUCAAGUAUUGCACACUCUCUCAGUGGGACUUCUAUAUACUGAUUAAGGAAACCUUCCUGAACAUAUUUGACAAACUCAAUCCUAUCUAAUCCCUUAACAGUAUGGGAGACCCAGUCAAUAUGUGGAAAGUUAAAAUCACCUACUAUUACGUUAUGUUUCUUGCAAAACUCUGCAACCUUUGCACAAUAUUCAGCAAUCUCUCCACUCUAACCAUAUUUUGUACUCUAACCAUAUGUUGGUAUUAUGUCAUCUAUUCUGUAAUAUAAUAAAAAUGAAAAAAUUAGUAGAUUUUUUCAAUUGUAAUAAAUUUAAUAUUCAAAAUAGUAUCUCAUUUAUUUUAGAUCAAUGUGCUAAGUAGUAAAUAUAAUAUUACUUUAUUGCUGCUAAUCUGAAGUGUAUAUACAUGCACAUUAGUACACAAACGUAAGCCAUUAUGGUUUAAAUUGGAGGAACAUGAAAAUGUAGUCCAGGAUUUAAGGAAGUUGUAAAGGCAAGGAACAGGUCAAAGAAAUCAAAGAACAUCAAUGACUGCAACCUACAACUGUUUGACUGCACUCUACUGUUUAGAAAAUUAUUGAAUGAGAAAGCUCAGAGGCCAUUUAGAGGUCAUUAAGUCCAUCUAAAACUUAUCAAAAUGUCCAGCAAAAUUUAUUUAAAAAUCUACUUCUGCUUUCCUUUCAGUUAAUACAUUCUUAUUUGCAACGUUGAAUUGCACAGUACUGCACCAACUUGAAAGACUAAACAGAUCAGGCAGUAGAAGUGGUAAGUGAAACAGUUAGUGUUUUGGGCCAAUGACCUUGACUUUCUAUUAAAACAUUUCUAAUGAAAGUUCAUUGACUUGAAAUGUAACUGUUUCUCUCGGUGCAAAUUGGAUUCAGAAUUGGCACAGGGUGGCAGUAUUCUGCCUGGAGGUCAAUGACCAGUGGUGCUCCACGGAGAUCGGUUCAGGGACCCCUGCACUUUGUGAUUUUUAUAAAUGACGUGGGAUGGGAAGUGCAAGGGUUUGCAGAUGACACGAAGGUGGGCGGUAUUGUAGAUAGUGCAGAAGGUUUUCAUUAGUUACAACGGGACAUUGAUAGGCUGCAGAGCUGGGCUGAGAAUGGGCAGAUGGCAGAUUACACAGUUAUUGGCAGGGAUUCUCGGGAGUGUGGAGGAACAGAGGGAUUUUGAGCUCUACGUCCAUAGAUCUCUCAAAGUAGCCACAUAAGUUGAAAUGGUGGUUAAGAAGGUUUAUGGGGUGUUGGCCUUCAUUAGUAGGUGAAUUGAGUUUAUGAGCCACGAGGUAAUGUUACAGCUCUAAAGAAUUCUGGUUAGACCACACGGAGUAUUGCAUUCAGUUCAGGUUGCCUCAUCAUAGGGAAGAGUUGGAAGCUUCAGAGAGGAUGAAGAAGAGACUUAUCAGGAUGCUGCCUGGAUUAGGGAAUUUGUCUAAUGAGGAAAGGUUUGGCAAGCUAGAGCUUUUCCCUUUGGAGGGAAGGAGGUGACUUGAUAGAGGGUUAUAAGAGGCAUAGAUACAGUACACAGCCAACAACUUUUUCCUCAGGGUGGAAAUGGCUAAUAUGAAAGGGCAUAAUUUUAAAACCGCGAACAUGAGGAAAUCUGCGGAUGCUGGAAAUACAAGCAACACACACAAAAACGAUGUUUCGGGCCGAGACCCUUCAUCAGGACUAACUGAAAGAAGAGAUAGUAAGAGAUUUGAAAGUGGAAGGGGGAGAGGGAGAUCCGAAAUGAUAGGAAAAGACAGGAGGGGGAGGGAUGAAACUAAGAGCUGGAAAGUUGAUUGGCAAAAGGGAUACAGAGCUGGAGAAGGGAGAGGGUCAUGGGAGGGGAACACCAGAGGAAGAUGGAGAGCAGGCAAGGAGUGAUUGUGAGAGGGACAGAGAGAGAGAAAAAGAGAGGGAGAAAAAAAGAGAGGGAAAAAAAAAGAGGGAAAAAAGGGGAAUAUAAGGUGCAGGUAGCCUCCAACCUGAUGGCAUGAACAUUGAUCUCUCUAACUUCUGUUAAUGCCCCUCCUCCCCUUCUUACCCCAUCCCUUAUUUAUUGAUUGAUUGAUUGAGUGAUUGAUUUAUUUAUUAAUUAUUUUUUCCUC